UCUAUCAGGCAGUACAACCGGCUACGCAGCUUGCUGAAGGACCCCCGUCAUCACUGUAUCCUGUUUGCCAACGAGUUCCAGGAGUAUUCCUACUGCCCCAGAGAAAAGGGAGAGCCGCAGGACAAAUGGCAGACCAGGUGUGUGUAUCAAGCUGCGGUGUGGUACCAUGACCACCUGGCAGGGCUGAAGCCAGUAGUGAUGAUCACUGAAGACCAGACCGCUGUGGCAGAGUACAGCAGCCUCAACUGUGGUGUCUAUGUCCUCUGUACACAGGAGUACCUGCAGACGUUCUGGCCGGAGCUGCAGGCUGCCCUGGAGCUGUACUGCUCCAUCGCUCAGUCCCUGCAGGAGAAAGGGAGCGAGGGGACGGAGAGAGAGUACACUGAACACCUGCCUGCCGAGGUCCUGCAGGCUGGCAUUAAGUCUGGCCGAUACAUACAGGCAGGUGGAGGGGGCGGCACUCUGAAUGUGAACAAGCACAGGGCCCAGCAUGAAGCCUUCGUCCGCUUUGAGGGCUCUUCUAACAAGAGCUCAGGAGCACAGAACUAG